AUGAUUAAUCUUGAAUCAACUGGAGUCCCAAGUUCAAGCAGGCUUGAGGGAAAAUGCAAGGCAAUGGUGGUUUGUUGGGUUCUUGGUCUGGGGUCCCUUCUCUCAUGGAACAGUAUGCUGACAAUAGGGGAUUACUACUAUAAUUUGUUCCCAAGUUACCAUCCUGCACGUGUGCUCACCCUGGUUUAUCAACCAUUUGCACUUGGAACAAUGGCAAUUCUCGCAUACAACGAGGCAAAGAUUGAUACGAGAAAACGGAACUUGAUGGGUUAUAUUAUUUACUUCCUAAGCACUUUGGGACUCCUUGUUUUGGACCUAGGCACAUCAGGAAAAGGGGGAAUCAGAAAUUAUAUUGGCAUUUGUGUAUUUGUUGGUGCUUUUGGAGUAGCAGAUGCCUAUGUGCGGGGUGGCAUGGUCGGAGAUCUAUCCUUCAUGCAUCCUGAAUUUGUCCAAUCAUUCUUUGCUGGUUUGGCUGCAUCUGGGGCUCUCACUUCUGGCUUGCGUAUAAUGACAAAAGCAGCUUUCGAUAAGUCCAGCAAUGGCCUUCGUAAAGGAGUUUUGCUGUUUCUUGCUAUCGCAACAUUCUUCGAAUUUCUAUGUAUAUUCUUAUAUGCGUUUGUCUUCACCAAGCUACCAAUUGUGAAGUACUACCGCACAAAAGCAGCUUCAGAAGGAUCAAAAACGGUUUCUGCUGACCUAGUUGCUGCUGGCAUCCAUUCCGAAGAAACUGCAAGUGGCGACAUUGCUAAACACGAGCGGCUGAACAACAAGCAGCUUUUAUUUCAGAAUCUUGAUUAUGCAUUGGACCUCUACCUUAUAUGUGUUCUCACUUUGUUUAUUUUUCCUGGGUUCGUGUUUGAAAACACUGGAUCCCACCAGUUAGGUUCUUGGUAUCAAGUUGUCCUGAUAGCAAUGUACAACGUGUUUGAUCUCAUCGGACGAUACACUCCUCUUGUAGAAAGUAUCAAAUUAGAAUCCCGAAAGGGUCUAUUGAUAGCAUCGCUAUCGCGUUUCCUACUUAUUCCCGCGUUCUACUUCACCGCAAAGUACAGUGAUCAAGGAUAUAUUAUACUGCUCGUAUCCUUAUUGGGACUAACAAAUGGCCACCUUACUGUCUGCGUCCUCACAGCAGCUCCUAAAGGUUACAAGGCACCGGAGCAGAAUGCAUUGGGUAAUCUGCUAGUACUGUUUCUUCUUGGCGGCAUUUUUUCUGGUGUUGCUCUACUGACCAACACCUAA